GCAAACGUCUUGAGCAAAUAGGUGUUAGAGUUUGUUUUUUGUUUCAUUAUUUUAUUUAAUCAAAAAAAAUUAUUCAUUCUGAUUCAUCCACUUUGUUGAAGACACCUUACAAGUGUUAAAUUCUUCAGUAACUAAGAGAUCAUCACUCUGAUGGACAAAUAUCUCUACUUCUUUAUUCCCUUCUUGCUUACUUCAGUCAGCCUGAACAUAACACUGGCAGGUGAAGAAAAAUCACCCAGUAGCAUUCAGGUCCCUACAACAACUAGCCCCCAAGUGACAUCCCCUACAGCCGCUCAAAACGCUAGCAGCGAAUCCACCCCUACAAAAGUAACUUUGAUUACUACAAGUACAGUAACGGAACAAAAAAGAAAAUUUCCAAUUAUUAAAUUUUUUUGGAAUGAUGCUACAUCAGUAUCUCAAACGAAAUGGAGUUCAAUGUGGUCAAUUGUUAUAACUUCAAUUUUAUACUUAGGAUUAUCAAAGCAAUAAUUAUAAAUGAUGACAAGGAAUAUUUACAGACUGAUUUAUUAAAUAUCUUCUGGUCAAGGUGAUUUACCUAAUACUAGUUCUCAAUAAAUGCAUUGGAAUAUUUCUGUAUUUUUUAAAAUAUUAAUUAGAGAUAAUGUUUAAUUAUAUUUAGUUAAUAUGAACAAUACCAUGCAAUGGCAAUGAACAAAGUCAGUUCUACAUCCUGUUUUAUCCU